GCACUGAAAGCAGAAGUAACGGAUAAAAAUCCCAAAGAAGGUGAAAGUGGUAGAUAAUGAGCACAUGGAUAUCUGUGAAAGCAGGUCACUAGUAAUGAAAAGAAGAGCGAAUAGAUAAACACGUGUGAAAGACAGCUGGAUACGAAGAGAAGGAGCACUAAAGUGUGAUUGUCUUAAAAGGCCAGCCCUGUUACAUCAAACUUCUCAUUGCCUUGGAAAGCACGAUCUGGAAUGAUAAUUCUUGGAUGAACAAUCGAAAAGAGGUAGCCCUUAGGAAGGUAAAGAAAGGAGGCAGUAAUAGAUCAUCGAAUCGAAAAAAUCGCAAAGAUCAUUAGGAGAUGAGCUUCCACGGUAGCGAAAAUGAUCCGAACAAGCAGAGCUGGGUCGAGGACUAGAUUAAAGGCGCAGACGCUCCAAUGAACAUCAAAUAAAAUCGAACCGAUUGAGAAGUAUUGAAAUAAGGAGACCAGGAGUGGUGAAGCAGAGGGUAGAUGCAGAAUAGGGCGGAACUAGAUGAGUGAAGAAAAGAUCUGAAUUGCAGGUAGGUAAGACAGAUAGGUAGGUAGAAAAAGAAAAAACAUGAUGGAUCUCGUGACACCGGUGAGUGGUGCGGAACGAAGAGCAAAGGAACAGGGGAGCAACAGCGGAGAUAGCUACAGGCAAAUGGAUGGAAUAACAAGUCCCUGCAAGUGUGCAAGACACGAUCGCAAAAGGACGUAGUGUAUAUGCAUGCUCGAGGGUAAGCAGCACGCAAAAAGAAGUCGAAGAGCAGAAAUCGGUUCAGAGAGAAAAACUUAUCACCAGUAAAAAUAAAACCCAAAAAUCAGCAAGUGCCGCAGCAUUGGGCCGUCUAGGACAUUGGUCGUGUCGAAAGUAUGGGCGAUGGUGACUUAAGAAGAUUAGCAUAGUUAGACAAGAGUACUAUUAACAUUGGAAAGGAGAGAUGGGUGCCCAAGAUCUUGCUAGUUGAAUGUUGCAAGUAACUUGGUGGUAGAUAGAGUAUAUAGAUAGCAGCGCCCCAGCUCCUUUUGUCACUGUCACUCGCGCUUUGGCUCGUGGAUCGGUGUUCUGGACGUAAAAGCACGCGUGCCAGCACGGAUACCCACACGCUCCAGUGAUGCCUCAAGUCGGACCUUUCUCGGAAGAAUAAGAGAUCGGGGGCUGUUGGUGUCAGACUCGGUUCCACAUGGUAGAUUCGUUUACCUGGUGUGCCGUUUUUUGUGGCUCUAGUCGACUACGCCCAGUGAUGGGGAGAUGGAGUCGCGCCAAUGAAUUGAAUUGAAUACUAUUGCUGAAGUACUAGUACAAGAAUUGAGGAAGAAUCUGUAUGAGCAUUCGGCGUUUUCGGAAAGAAAAUGUAACUCUUUCACUUUGAUGUCUUACGAACACGAAGUUAG